AUGUUGAGUCACUAAGUGAAACGAGUGCACUGAAUCAACAUCUCUGGAGUAUAGCGAGGGGAGUUGGUUUCUACAUGUGCUGCCUCUGUUCAGCAGGUCAUUAGUUGGAUCUCUGAAGGUGCUGUUAUAGCUAAACUCAAGCACACAGGAUCUGAAACCCUCCUGGUCUAAGAAGACUAUUUUAUCAUUAUUAUUUAACAUUUUAACCCUUUUCAACUUGCUGAUAAAAAAAGGUUUACUUUGCUCCAGGACAUAAUACAUCAAUAUAUUGAAGUACUUAUUGAAAUCAAGAUUCGUCCAUAUGCUUUUGGAUCUAAUGUAUUGGAAUGACCACCCAGGAAUCUUCGUAACCUGAAUUAAUCAGUACGAUGAAGACUGUAUCUUCAGUGCUCAUUUUAAGUUUUCCUCUUCUCCUUUUGGUAAAUGGCUUUGAUCCAGAUUGCAUAUUGCAACUUGAAAUCAAAGAUGAGGAGAGAAAAUGCAUGGCCAAGUUGAACCGGCAGUCAGCUGCUGUAUUUAGAGGAUGUUUGGGAGAUUGGGAUAAUAUAACAUGCUGGGACCAAGCUAAUUAUGGAGAAACGGUCACUCAAACAUGCCCCUUAGUGCUGAGACAUUUCUUCAACAAGAAUGGAAAUGUUAGCAGGACCUGCACAAUAAAUGGAUGGACAGAUCCAUAUCCACAUUAUGUCAAUGCUUGUGGGCACAAUGAAAAUGUAACAGAAGUUCAUAAGAUUUACUUCUACGUCAUAGUCAAGGCAAUCUACACAUUUGGUCACAGCGCCUCACUUAUAGCUCUCACAAUUGGAAGCGCAAUUCUUUGUUUAUUUAGAAAGCUUCAUUGUACAAGGAAUUACAUCCAUCUGAAUUUGUUCCUCUCUUUCAUUUUGAAAGCAAUCUCAGUAUUAGUGAAGGAUGAUUUUCUCUACUCAAGUACUUACCCCUGUCCAGACUCUCUGGUAGGGUGUAAGAUUAUUUUAGUAUUUUUUCAUUACUGUGUAACAGCAAAUUUCUACUGGUUAUUGGUUGAAGGACUUUACCUGCACACGCUUCUUGUAGUCAUAUUUUCUCCGAACAGACAUUUUACAAUAUAUCUGCUGAUUGGAUGGGGUAUUCCUACUAUAUGCAUUGUUGUAUGGCUAGUGACAAGAACUUAUUUAGAGGAUACUGGAUGCUGGGAUACAAAUGAACACAGGGUUCCUUGGUGGAUUAUAAGAAUACCGAUUAUUAUUUCCAUUAUUGUAAACUUCUGCCUAUUUAUCAAUAUCAUUCGGAUCCUGAUUCAAAAGUUAAGAUCUCCUGACGUAGGGGGCAAUGACCAAUCACAGUGCAUGAGGCUCACAAAAUCUACUCUGUUGCUUAUACCGCUGUUUGGCGUUCACUACAUGGUGUUCGCCGUAUUCCAGAUGCCCAGUUUUAGUGAAUGUCAGAUAUGGUUUGAACUUUGUGUUGGAUCAUUUCAGGGACUGGUGGUUGUGAUUCUGUACUGCUUUUUAAAUACAGAAGUCCAGGGAGAGUUAAAAAGAAAAUGGGGGAGCCUGUAUCUGAACCGAUACCUGAGCCACGACUACCGACUCCACAGUCUAUCUAUUUCACGGAACGGAUCAGAGAGUGCACCUCAGUUUCACCGAAACUCAAGGGCACCGUCUAUUAUGCAAACUGAAACUUCCAUCAUUUAACUCUUGCAUGCAUAAACAGGAAGAUCAAAAUGGCAUCCUUAAGGACUAUUAAAAAAUUGUGCGCAGCUAAAAAUGACAUCCAAUAACUCAGUACAGUGACUGGUUUAUUGCAGCUCUGAUGACCAAUGGACUUUUUUUUAUGAACUUUUUGACUUCAUGUUUGCACUUACUGCUCUAUAGGCUUUUUCUACCGUCCAUUUCUUUUCAUCUAAUUUAUUAUAAUAGUGUGUCUUCUUUAUGUUUUGUGGAACAUAUUCGGUUAUUUGAGUAUUAUAGUAUGUUUGUUUGUAUUGAAUCUAGGAGAGCUGGUGGAUAAUUGAGUGUUAUGUACAGUAUAUAGGGUAAAAUUUAGCAAAUCUAAUGUAUCGAAAAUAUGUAUAUCUAACAAUUAAACUGAUUUUAUUAUUA